UGUCGAUCUUUUUAGUACAAAUGGAAUAAUAAAAUAUGGAAAAAAAUGUUUUUUUGUAAAUUUGGAAUUUAUGUACAAAAACUAACCUCGCGAACCGAGUAAUGUCAAACUGUUUUUUGAGGUUAGGUUUGGUUCAAAAUAAAUUUUAAAAAGGGGAUACUUAUUAAGUAAAACACCUAACGCGGUUAAUAUGCAACCAGGUGCAAUUCAUGAAGCUCUGAACCCGCUUAAAUGGAUAAUGGGGACAUGGAGAUCAAUAAACGCUGAAGGGUCUUUUCCAACAAUUGAACCAUUUACAUUCUGUGAAGAAAUUUCCUUUACUUCCGUUGGACAGCCCGUUUUAAAUUACAAUUCCGUUACUUGGCAUCCUACAAAAUUAACUCCAAUGCAUCUAGAAAGUGGUUUUCUUAGGAUAAAGCCGGGAACAAACUCAGUUUCUUUCAUGGUUGCACAUAAUUUUGGUCUAACAUCUUUGGAAGAGGGUACUGUAACAGAAAAUAUUCUGCAAGUAAAAACUAGUCAUAUUGGAAGAAUGCGUUUUGGCAAAGAUCCAAAAGUAUGUGAAAUUGCCAGAAGUUAUAAACUCAUAGAGGAAGGAAAACUUGAACUAAUUUUGUUGAUAUCGACGGUAAAUACCCCACUGGAUCAGCAUUUAAAGCUAGAAAAAAAUACAAUACUAGUAUGACAAUCACAAUGAAAAUCAGCAAUCUGUGAGGUAUGAAUACAAAAUUAUAAAAUUAUAAAAAUGUUUAUACUUUAAUGUUGAUACACUUAAUAUAGGUGUAUGUAUGAAGAUAACAAAUAUUUUUAGAUUAAAGAAAUUUUAUUUAAAAAAAUAUAUUUGUCUUAGAUUUUGAAUGAGUUUUGUUAACGCUAAUGUUUUUGAUUGAUUUAAAAUAUUUGUUUUCUAGUACUGAUGAUCAAAAUUCUAUUCGAGUUUAUUAUUGGUAGUCUAUGUACAGUGCAUCCUAUUUUUGACGAUCCUUCAUCUUAUAGAUUUUUUAGAGUACAAUUUGGUGGUGUAUUUAAUUUUUUAAUAACUAACGGUUUUUAAUUUAGACUAAAACAAUUUUUUUUAU